GCUCCCUUUGCUUUCUUAAGCAAAUUCGCAGCCCUGACUGAGCCGGCGCUUCAGUGCAGAACCCACAGGCUGGAGCGGCACUUCUCCUCUCUGCAACACCACCGAGGCCCUUUUUCACUUAAUCAGACUUUGCAGGGUGUACUGUAGACAUGUACCGGUACCUGGGUGAACUCCUUGGCCGAGCGGGAGGCAGCGCUUUGGCCUCGGGACUCAGCGACGCCACUCUGCCGGCCUCGGCGUCUCUCAUGCGGCUGCGGCGCUACAGCGAGGCCGCGGGUAACGAGAACGACGACCCGAACUUCUUCCGCAUGGUGGAGAGCUUCUUCGACCGAGGCGCCGCGAUCAUCGAGGACAAACUCGUGGAAAACCUGAAGACCAGAGAGACGCCCGAGCAGAAGAGGCACCGAGUCCGGGGAAUCCUGAAGAUUAUCAAGCCUUGCAACCACGUCCUAGCCGUGAGUUUCCCCCUGAAGCGAGACAACGGCGAGUGGGAGAUGAUCGAGGGCUACCGAGCCCAGCACAGCCAGCACAGGACCCCCUGCAAGGGAGGUAUCCGUUACAGCACAGAAGUGUCUGUUGAUGAAGUGAAGGCUUUGGCUUCCUUGAUGACGUACAAAUGUGCUGUCGUUGAUGUACCGUUUGGUGGCGCAAAAGCUGGGGUGAAGAUCAAUCCCAAGAAUUACUCUGACCAAGAGCUGGAGAAAAUCACAAGACGGUUCACCAUUGAGCUGGCUAAGAAGGGAUUUAUUGGGCCAGGCAUUGAUGUCCCUGCUCCUGACAUGAGCACCGGCGAGAGGGAAAUGUCUUGGAUUGCUGACACGUACGCCAACACCAUGGGUCACCAUGAUAUCAAUGCCCAUGCGUGUGUGACGGGGAAGCCCAUUAGCCAGGGUGGCAUCCACGGGCGAAUCUCAGCCACCGGGCGAGGAGUUUUCCACGGCAUCGAGAACUUUGUCAAUGAAGCUGCCUACAUGAGUCAGCUAGAUUUGACUCCCGGCGUUGGAGACAAGACCUUCAUUAUUCAGGGCUUUGGUAAUGUGGGCUUGCACACCAUGCGUUACCUGCACCGCUACGGGGCGAAGUGUAUUGGAGUAGCGGAGUGGGACGGAAGCAUCUGGAACCCUAACGGCAUUGACCCCAAGGAGCUGGAAGAGUACAAACUGGCAAAUGGCACAGUUGUCGGCUUUCCCAACGCCACGCCCUACGAAGGCAACAUCUUGGAGGCUGAAUGUGACAUUUUGAUUCCUGCUGCUAGUGAAAAGCAAUUUACCAAGAAAAAUGCCAGCAAGAUCAAGGCUAAGAUUAUUGCUGAAGGAGCCAACGGCCCCACCACCGCUGAAGCUGAGAAGAUAUUCCUUGAAAGGAAUAUUAUGGUGAUUCCUGACCUGUACCUGAAUGCCGGUGGUGUGACCGUCUCCUACUUUGAGUGGCUGAAGAACUUGAAUCAUGUCAGUUACGGCAGACUGACCUUCAAAUAUGAGCGAGACUCCAACUACCAUCUCCUCAUGUCUGUGCAGGAGAGUCUGGAGAGGAAGUUUGGAAAGCAUGGUGGUGCCAUCCCUGUGGUCCCAACUUCUGAAUUUCAGGCCAGGAUUGCUGGAGCAUCUGAGAAGGACAUAGUGCACUCUGGACUGGCCUACACCAUGGAGCGCUCAGCUAGGCAAAUUAUGCGCACAGCCAGUAAGUACAACCUGGGGCUGGACCUGCGGACAGCGGCCUACGUCAACGCCAUCGAGAAAGUCUUUAAAGUGUACAGUGAGGCUGGCCUCACUUUCACAUAGACAACUGAUUUGGAUCUGUCCGUCCAUCCAUCCAUACAGACAUGCUGCAUCUUCACUGCCUCCUCCCCAGCUAAUGUUCUUCAGUUUACAUUUACCAUGUUCAUAUAUACUGUUUGUUUGUAUAUGGCAUAUGUUACUUAUAGCGUUAGGUUUUUCUUCCCUCACAGCUUUUAUCCACUCCAUCACACCAAAAGGGUCAUUCUUUCAAUAUACUGUCAUGUCCAUCUACUCAGAGUAAUAUCUUGCCAUGAAAAGGCUGGUAUUUAUACUGUAUAAUGCACAUUUUAUGUUGGUCUCUGCGGUGUUCUGUUUACAUCGUGCGCAAAGAUCCGUCCAGCCUUAAUAUCACACAGCACUCUGGAAAACACGAGUGAUCCUGUUUGUUUAAGGAACUCUUAAGGGUCUCUUUAAGCAACCGAAGACAUGCAAAGGUCAAUAAUAAUGGCAAUGCAUGGAAAAUGAUCUCAGGCUUUUAUGUUACCAAAUUGCACAGAUAUCUAUUUAUCUGUUCUUGCACUUGGCUUAUUUGAUUGAUUUAUCCUUUUAUUAUUAAAAAUUAUAUAUAUUCUAUAUAUGAGGGUGCUCUUUUGCCUAAUAUGCAACUGUCACCAAAUGCUUCCAUGGUCAAAGGUAUGAAGCAUGUCUUAAAGUUUAACAUGCAGAAUAUAUGUAUGUGGAAGGGAUUGUGUUUGGGAACAAAUGGUUUAUUUUCUUUAUUAAAUAUAAAGUGACUUUGAAGCUUAUUGGGAGGAGAGUUUAUAUGGCUUUGUUCAAGUUAAAAUGUAAUAAAAUCUAUAUACGGUUGUACCAUA